AUGCAAAUUGCCAGAGCUUUCCUACGCCAUUAUCUCAAAAACGGCGCACGGCAAAAAGGCGAUAUCAUAAACGGAGGUUCUGUUUCAUACUGUUUCGUUGCUCUUUCGUCAUUGCUUGCUAUCAAGGGUGGUGAAGGGGCGUCAGCAUAUGCGGCUUCGAAGGCUGGACUGCUGGCCUUUACCCGAGCAUUGUCUCUCGAAGCAAGUACAAUUCAGAAGAGAAAUCCAGCCGAAAACGUGUCUUUCAGAGCAAACGUCGUGCUUCCCGGCUAUGUGCACACCCCGAUGACAAAAGGAUUCUCGGAUACGCACAUCCAGAAACUGAAUGAAUCAAUCCCCCUAGGCCGCUUCGCUCGGGCGGAAGAGGUUGCUGAUGCAGUCGCAUUCCUCGUCACCAACGAAUACGCAAACAACACGGUCCUCAAUCUUGACGGCGGUCUGAGUGCGACCUAA